AUGGCACCAAGCAAGCAGAAGACUCAGCGUCGAGCUCAAUUCAAGCUCAAUUUGUCACAAGUGGCCAAGCGCACAAUUGAUGCUGUUCUCCGUACUCCCAGCAAGAUUAGGCAGUCACUCUCCCCAAGAAAGAAAGCAAGGCAUGACGAGAACACGGCAAGAGAGUCUCAAGACACAAGAAGUGUGCUUAGUGAUUGGUCAAAGGCACCAGCAUCAACCCACGACACAAACCACGACCCACUCCGUGCUUACACCAAUGUUUUUGAACUCACAAAUGCCAUUCCGAACACGCCAAGUGCACCACCAAUGACAUUCUCAUUCACUUGGAUGGCUGACAGUGCACAUAUUGGUCGUGUCGAUCCUGCUGAUCCUUUUCGGACACUCUGUCUGCCCCACACCAGAAACGUUACAAUGGAAGCACCCAAGGUGUUUACACACAAUUGGAAGCCUCCCUCCGUUGAAGAGGUGCCAGAAGACGAUGACUGCAUGUCCAUAUCGACAUUCCCUCAGUGGAACUCUCAUUAUGAUCACCGGCAGACACUAGUCGACAGCGAAAUCUCUCCCAUGGCAUCUCACGCUCCCACAUCGUGCGAUGGACUCUCUGAUGCUGAUCGCCCAAGUGCAGAUGACUGUGAUGCUCUGGACGAAUUUGAGCUGGCAGAAUAUGAGGCGGAAAUGCGGAGUGGACACACAACCCAGGUUGAUUACCCAAGACCCGCCGCUCCGGCGGGGGUCUUAAAUGCUGAUAGUGAUGGGAUUUGUCGUCGACCACCCAAGCUUGAAGAUGCACGCGCAGCAUUGAAGAAAGUGCAGGCGGUUUUGCGAGGUGCCCCACGCGGAAACCAGCUCUUCGGGAAGGCAGGUGUAGGCUACAAAGACUGUCAUCUGGAUCCCUUUUCACAUACGCGUUUGGUGGGAAUCCGAGCGCUUCUCUGCUUGUACACCGACGAGAAUUCACUGUCAUUCAUGUGUUGGGGGGACUCAAUGCUCACGGCAGCUAUCUCAAUGGGAAAGGGCAAGUAUUGUGCACGUAUCUUAGCCAUCUUGGCGCGGCAAUACAUCAUCGAUGGGGAAUUGCUUGAGCUGAACCCGUAUGGGAAGUGGACGGACAGCAUUCUCUCAGACGAAGAUCUUACAGCCGACUUGCUGAACUUCUUACAGCUCCAAGGCAAGAAUAUCACCGCCCAGAAAUUACAUGAUUAUCUCUGUAGUGCCGACGUCAAGGCGCGACAUGGCAUUGAGACUGAUAUCUCACUUGCAACAGCAACUCGAUAUCUCCAAGCACUGGGUUAUCGGUUCUCACAUCCAAAAACCGGUCAAUACUUCGCUUUACAAGCUGGGGUCUGGGUUUACGAUAAUGAUGGCUUGUCUGUUCUUCCGACACCACCAGGCCAACGCACAAUCAUAUGGUAUCAUGAUGAAAGCGUGUUCUACGCACACGACCGCCGUCGAAAGACAUGGUAUCAUAAAGAUGAGAAUGCAAAGCCGUAUCGAAAGGGUGAAGGACAAUCUUUUAUGGUGGCUGAUUUCUUUUCCGCUGAUUUUGGCUGGCUUCGAAAUCCAUGGACUGGCGAAUCAGCAAGACGAUGCAUUCAUAUUGGUGUCAACAAGGACGGCUAUUUCACGAACAUUGAGGUACGUGAACAGGCCAAAUCUGCCGUUAAACUGGUCCAAGAGCUGUGGCCGGAGUAUAAGCAUGUCUUCAUCUAUGACAAUGCAACCACACACCGCAAACGACCCGAGGGUGCGUUGACAGCAAUUGGUAUGCCAAAGGGACCAUCUGGUCAGACACAACGCAAUCCACAAGCCAAUUUCCUUGCCGAGAUCAACUUGGUGGAGAACGGGAAAAUCGUCUACGACCAUGAUCGCAAGCCAAUGAAAACUAAGAUCGAGUACCAAGGUGCCAAAUUUGCCGAUGGAACUCCACAGGACUUGUAUCACCGUACUGGGCCAAUGGCAGGGAAGUUUAAGGGCAUGCAGCGUCUUCUCGAGGAACGUGGGCUGCCUGAAUUGGCCAAUCUCCGUGCGCAAUGUGGUGACACACUCAACAAGUGCAACGACAAAUCAGACACCGGUGCAUACUGUUGCCGACGAGCACUCUUUAACCAGCCGGACUUUGUCAACAUCGCUUGGGCAGCGAAGAAAUACCAUGGGCAUCGAACUUUCCCUUCAGACAUCAUGGACCAGCUUGUCAACUCAGAAGUGCCCUUGUAA